AUAACAUGGGAGUUGUAUGUUGUGUGACUUUUAACACAUUUUCUAGGCGGAAGAGACCAUAAGAAAAUUUAACUUUUACUGAUCACUGAGGUAGUCUUAGGUUCCAAGGAAAUAGAUUGUGCAUUUUGUGCUUGCUUGCUUGUUGUUAAUUAUGAGCGACUCUUGGGUUGCUCUGUUUGAUGAGUGCACGUGAUGUUAGCGUUACUGUGGCAAAAUUGCCGAGUUUUGGAGAUCGCCCUGAGAGGAGCCUCAAUUCUUUUUCACUUCCCUUUGUGUGUCUGUGUGUGCUGAUCUGCAAGAUGAGAAGUAGGAUGUGAAAUAAUUGCUAAAGCUUCUGAUUUAAAAGAUUGACUGUCAUUUGUUGAUAACAUCCUUUAAGAAGAUGUAAAUUGCUCAUGACUUUUUUUUUAAUUGUUCCCAUGUUGAAUUCCUAGAACCCUUCAGACUGCAGGAGCCCAGCAUCAUGACCUCAGCGUCCACACAGUUGUUCUCUGUCCUCGUUUGCCUGCUUUUGGUGCUGCCUGGUGUGGAAGCAGUGGAAGCUGGGGAUGCGAUCGCACUCCUGUUGGGAGUGGUUCUCAGUGUAACGGGCAUCUGUGCUUGCUUGGGGGUGUACUCCCGAAAGAGGAAUGGGCAGAUGUGACUCGCAAGGGCGCCGGCAUCUAGCCUUGCCCUGAGAAUCUGUGCUGUUGCUGAUAGCCUGAGCUGUGGUGUCUGACAGUUCCAGGAAAUAGUAAAUAAGUUCGUUUCACAUCCCUAGUUGUUUCCUAUUCAGUGGAAACUAUGUUAAAGUGGGGGCCAAAAGUUUUCUUUACAGCAAGCAAUGCACUGAAAUAUCUAGCCUUUAAUUUGUGUUCGCUGCUUGGAUUGCAUAAAUGGUAUUUCAUAGUUUCAGAAUUGGCAAAGCACAUGACACAGGAAAAAGGGUGCUCUUAACCAGAGCCCUAUGAAGUUGCCACUGUCAUAAUCACUGCCUCCUGAUAAUCAAGGAGUUUUUUUCUCCAUAUGUUUGUUAGAUUUGUGUUUUAUCUCCCAUGUUAAUAUUGUACUGAGAUAUCACAUAGCUAAAAAUGAGAAAUUUUACCUCUGGGGGAAAAAAAGCUUAGAAAAUGAAUUCAGUGUGUCUAAUGUCAAAACGGAGAAAAUAUUUACUGUCAAAAAUUUUGUUAGCGUCAAAAGGGAAAAGAUUUAAUGCAAAAAAAUUGUUAACAUCCUUAUAAUGAGAAAUACAAUGUUAAAUAUAAACCCAUUGUAA